UUCAUUGACGCGUAAGAUUUUCCCGAAAAGAGGAAAAUUCUAAUUAAUAAAUAAAUGCGAAUAUAAAUAAUAAUUAAAAAUGGACGGUGGAACCGAACACAAUAUUCAUUCAAUUUGUCGAAUAUGUUUAGAAACGUUACAAACUGAAAACGUUUAUGAUCUUUUUCUCAUACCAGGUUUGGCGAAAAAACUUGUUGUUUGUACUUCUUUAUCUGUGGAGCCGCAUGAUGGGUUUCCAAAAAAUAUUUGUGGUGUUUGUUAUACGCGUCUUAAUGAUUUACAUGACUUUCAAAAACUAUGUGUGGAUUCAGUGCAAAAAUUUCAAGAUAUGGUGGAAAAUAAAGCGUUCAGUACUCAUACUUUUGAUAUUAUGGAAACAGGUCCACCUGAUGUACAAACUAUCUCAGCAGAAGAUGAUGAUAGACUUAACUUCGAUCCUUUGGUAAAUCACAAAUUGGAAUUUAUUGAUAAUGAGGAAGAUGUAUUUAAAAUGAUUGAAAAUGUUGAUAAAGAGGCAGAAGAGGUAGUUUUAAAUGAGAAGACGGAAGAUACUACUAAAAGAAAUGAUAAAACAUUCUUCAGCAAUGACUCUUUUAGUGAAUCUGCUGAUGACGAUGAUGAUUUCCAACCCGACAAUGCUGAUAAUGACAACGAUAAUGAUACCGAUAGUGACGAUGAUAAACCUUUGGCAACUCGUUUACGUAAAAAAUUAGGUAAAACCUUAAGAUCGAAACUGGCACGAAAACGUAUACCCAGAUCAGAGAAACAUUUACAUCGCAUUAUUGAUUGCCACAUUUGUCAUAAGAAAUUUAAAAAAUCAGAACGCUAUCAAGAGCAUAUGAAAUAUCACAAUGAUAAGCUACCGCACCAGUGUACUGUUGAAACAUGUUUAAAAGGCUUCACAACCGCCAAUGGCUUACGUCUACAUGUAGAACAUUGUCAUGCUGAAACAAUACAAACUUAUCCCUGUCCAGAGGAAGGCUGUGGCCGUACAUUCCCUCGAACUCGUCUGCUUAAUUGGCAUUUAAAGAAAGUGCAUAAAAUUGUGAAAGAAUUAAAUGAACCAAAAUGUUAUCCAUGCACUGAGUGUGAAAAAGUAUUUCGAUGUCCAAUGGCACUUAAGAAACAUAUGUACAAACAUGAUGGCAAAGAAUUACCAUUUCCGUGCAAUAUUUGUGGAAAAAGAUUUGUUAUUAAUAGUGCGCUUAAGGAUCAUCUUAUGAGACAUGCAGGCAUUAAAAAUUAUGUUUGUCCGUAUUGUGGUGUUGGUAAGACGACUAGGCAGGAGUGGAAUACUCAUAUUAAUACACAUACUCAGGAAAAGCAAUUCAAAUGUCAUCUAUGUCCGCAUGCGUCCCACAACAAACAAAAUCUGCGGAUGCACGUUAAAAUUGUGCAUGAGAAAAUUAAAGAUUAUGCCUGUCAAUACUGUGGUAAGACUUUUGGCAAAUCGAACGCAUGUAAAAUGCAUGAAAUGACACAUACUGGAGAAAAACGUUGCGAAUGUAAAGUUUGCGGGAAAAAGUUUUUAUAUGCGAAAGGUUUAACUAAACAUUUAAAAACACACGAAAAACGAGUUUUACGCGCCAUCGAAGUUUAUCGAAAACGUCAAAUGGAAGGUGGUUUAAUACCCACUGAAAAUCAGCCACCUCUUCCUGAAUUACCAGUGCCAGAGAAUCAUUCAAAAGAAACGCAUCAAAAAGUAGCAGAAGAAAUAUUAAAAGUAUGUGCUGAGUCGGCAGCAUCAAUUCCUAAAGAUCCAAGACGUGUAGAGAGAGUCGAUAUAUCACAACUAGCAGGAACAGCAGUUAAUCCGAUACCUUCAGUGGCUGUGCCAUCAUGGUCUCCGCAAAUAAACUUUAUGAUGAAAGAAGGACCACAUAUAUGUCCAGAUUGUGGACAAGGCUUUAAUGGACCAGGCAAUCUGAAACGUCAUCAUCGUAUUGUACAUGAAGGCGUUAAAGACUUUGCUUGUCGCUUUUGUCAUCGUCGUUUUGCAAAAGCACAAACUUUAAAGCAUCACGAAAUGACGCACACUGGUGAGAAGCCGCAUGAAUGCAAUCAAUGUGGGAAAAGAUUUAUACAAUAUGUUGCACUUAAACGUCAUAUGAAAGUGCACAUAAAUAGACCACCAAUAAUACCUGCAACUGUAUUUGCUGCUCGAGAAGAACUUGAAUUGCAGGAACGAGAAAAACAAGAAGCGAAACGAAAGGCGGCUGAAGAGCGUGCAGUAAUCGCAGCGGCGGCGAAAGAGCAACUGGAUGUAAUGCAACAACAACAAGAAGAAUUGCAGAAGCUGACAAAAGAAAUAUUUGGCGAAAAAAGUGGUAAUGUAGAUAAUGAUGCUAUGGUUACUGAUGCAGAUCAUAUGAAAUUAGAUCCAGUUGAUAUAAAAGAAUUUAUUGUUGAUACUGGUGAUGCUCAAUUACCGAUCACAAUUGAAAAUCCGGCUUUAGGAGACUUUCAAAUUGUAAACACUAGUACUAUGGGUAAACGUACUGUAGGUAUUACUGAUCCAUAAAUCGUAAAAUGUUAAACAUUUAUUAUUGCAUUAUUUGAUAGUUUAUUUAUAUUAAUUCUUUUUAUUCUUUAAGUUUAAAUUU